AUGGAUGACCGAAGGAGAUCAACGGACCACGACAAGCCGUCGGAGAUUGUUCCGGAAGAUGAUACCAUAAAUUAUUUGGUCGAAAUUCCAGAGGAUGCUGAAAGGGCAAGCGUUUUAUUUUAUCGACCUUACUUAUUUUAUAUAUACUAAGCUUGCUCGAAAAUGGAGUGAGCCAGAGCUCUCAACCAGAGAUUGCCACGGUCAAAAUUUUGGCUCCGGCUCUUUGCUCCCAGAGCCGGAGCCGAGGCCGAAUUUGCAGCUCCGGCUCCGGCUCUUGGCUCCGCGCAAAAUUUAAAAAGGCAUCCGGCUCCGAAUACCGGCUCCUAUGCAAAAUGUUUUUUUUUUAAUAUUUUUCCAAAAAUAAAAGUUAUUAGUGCAAGAGAUCACACGGCCAACAUUUUUGCAGUCAAGUCACAUCCUCCGCAGUGUUUUUCAAGCAAUUUGGUUUAACAAGAUCACGAAAUUUUUACUUUUCUGACCGCUGGGAAGCCUGGCUCCGACUUUGGGCUCUGGCUCCCGGCUCGGAGCCGGAGCCGCUCAGAGCCGGAGCCAAGAGCCGGCUCCGGAGCCGUGGCAAUCUCUGCUCUCAACAUUACAUUGUGUGGAAGGCUUUCAAUAAUACGUCUAGCAGAGAUCUCAUUAUCGUCUAACACACCAAGAAAAACUCAUUGUUUUCUCUUCUAGAAAGUUGUUAAUAAUUUUAUGCACGAACAAACCUUUUUGGAUGCUUGACAUUCAAAAGUCACCAACUUCUUCGCAGUCAGAUUUGACUCUUCCGUUUUCAGCCUGGGUUCAGUUUCCGAAAGCUAUGGGCCUUUACGGGGCCUGGCUUCUUGAUGAGCAUCGCCUAUCUGGAUCCUGGCAACAUCGAAAGCGAUCUGCAAGCAGGAGCUGUGGCUCGAUAUCAGGUAAAAUUCCAAGCAAACCCUCAUAGUACUGUAAAUUUCUACAGCUUCUCUGGGUCCUUCUUUUCUCCCACGUCCUUGGCUUCACCUUGCAAAAUUGCUGGCUGCGAGAUUGGGCGUGGUAUCCGGCCUUCAUAUGGCCGAAGUUAGCCGAGAAUUGUAUCCAAGAUUCCCGCGAUAUUUCCUUUGGAUUAUGGUCGAAAUCGCGAUUAUUGGAAGCGAUAUGCAAGAAGUCAUCGGGACCGCAGUAG